AUGUCCUCCAGCAGUACGAGCAAAGAAAAGACAUUGCAGAAUGAUGACGAGCACACAAAGACCCUUCAGGAGCUAGAACACGCCUUGGCAGCCUGGAAAGAGUACGUCUUCGAAGCCGAGUAUAAUAUUUACUUUGGUGCAUUUGAUCAACACGCACGUUUGAGAGGUGAGGGUGCCAAAAUCACCCCAGUCGUGGAAGCCCAAGCCAAACUUUCUGGUCCAUUCAAGAAUCUUGAUGAGCAGUCUAAUGAGUGGGAAGAAGAGGUUAAGAGACGUAUCGCUCAUGAAGAGUGGGAAGAAAAUGGCCGAAAGGUUUCUUGGAAGUCAAAGGGAGUAGACGGCUGCGACCAAUUCCUCGACAAGUAUUGUCCUCCAACGAGAUGA